AUGAAAAUAAUUCUUUUUUUAACUUUAAUUUUCGUUUUACUAAAUUGCAAAAGCUAUGGUAAAUCAAAAAUAAAAAAAGGUAAAAAAGGGAAUAGUGUAACACUAGGUGGUGAUUUUUUAGGAGAUAUAACUCCUGUACCAAAUUCUGUGUAUAAUCUACAUGUUGAUUUGAGCAAAAAUUAUGAAUUAAACGAUUUUAUUAUACAUAAUAAUGAAAAAAUAAAUAAUGCUUUAUUUUUAAUGUAUAAAGAACAUUAUAACACCAUGAAGGAACUUCAAGAAAUUAUGAACUUAAGACAAGAACUAACAGAUCAUUUAAUUAGUGAAGCAAAGAAAUUAAAAAAUGUAUUUAAGAUGUAA